GCUCGCACUGCGCCCUACGUGGGUCCAUAGCAAUGGUGUCACCACCGUAUCUGGGGCUCGUGUCUACGGGGAAGGGCUGGGCAAGAGGUCCGAGAGGUGGUCAGAAGAGACAGUCUCACUCUGUUGCCCAGACUGGUCUUGAACUGCUGACCUCAAGUGAUCCUUCUGCCUCAACUUCCCAAAAUGCUGGGAUUCACAUGUGAGCCACCAUACCUGGCUGAAUUGUACAGUUUAAAAUAAUGAAUUGUGAUAUGUUAAUUACAUCAAUAAAAAAGGCUGUGUCCAGGAACAGCCAUAGACCACAUAGCCAGGCUACCCAGCGUGUGGGCCCAGCAGCCAGGCUGGAACUCUAUCUCCACUUAGCAGCUGAGUGGCUGGCAGGAAGUUACUCAGCCUCUCGGUCAACCUGCCCCAUCUCCAUCUCCUAUGAGAUGAGUGACUCCCAAGACCCCACCACUUCCCCUGUAGUUACCACCCAGGUAGACCUGGGGGGCUGCAGCUGGCAAGGUGGGGGCAAUGGGUUCCUCCGUUUUCACCAGCACCAGGAGGUCCAGGCCUUCCUCAGCCUUCUGGAGGACAGUUUUGUCCAGGAAUUCCUCUCCAAAGACCCCUGCUUCCAGAUUUCAGAUAAGUAUCUCCUGGCCAUGGUGCUGGUCUACUUCCAGCGCGCCCACCUGAAGCUCAGCGAGUACACCCACAGCAGCCUGUUCUUGGCCCUGUACCUUGCAAACGACAUGGAGGAGGACCUGGAGGGGCCCAAAUGUGAGAUUUUUCCGUGGGCCCUGGGAAAAGAUUGGUGUUUACAAGUGGGGAAAUUCCUGCACCAGAGGGAUAAGCUUUGGGCACGGAUGGAUUUCCGGGCUGUUGUGAGCCGCCAGUGCUGUGAGGAGGUCAUGGCAAAGGAGCCAUUCCACUGGGCUUGGACUCGGGACCGGCGCCCCCACCAUGGUGGGGUUCAGAGGGUCUGUCCACAGGUCCCUGUUCGCCUUCCCCGGGGUCCUGGCCUCUCACCGCCCCACUGUUCCCGCUGUGGCUUGCCCCAGCACUGCAGCCGCCACCAGCUUAAGCCUGUGUCAUCCAAGUGCCCUUCUCUGACCUCGGAGUGUCAUCGCCCUCCUUCCCAAAAUUCUCUCUCAAGGGUCAAAAACGCCUGGGGUGGGGACUUUCUCAUCGUCUUGCCCCCCGAGAUGCAACUGGAACCAGGCACCUACUCCCUCCGCAUCUUCCCAAAGCCUCCGGCACGCCCUGGGCACUGAAGCUCUGCAGGGUGAAGAACAGCACGCCUGUUGGCCCACUGACUGACACACCAUUGGCUGUGCUCCCACCCCUGCCCCUUCCUCCCAGCCUGCAGCUUGUGCCCACUCUAGUCCUGGUCCCCUCUAAUAAAUUCAUGUCCACAGGACACCAACUGUG